AUGAGGCAGGCCGCCGCCACUUACGACGUACGACCUCAUGAUGGAUUGGCGGGGACCUGGUGGACUCAACGAGCAUACUGCGUGGCGAUCGAGCUCGCCGAGACCCGCGCGCAGCCGGGGCACCUGAUUGCCGAACACACCGCGUGCAUCGCAUACGUCGCGGCAGUGACGGAGCAGCUCAGAAACGCCAGGGCCCGCAAGCAGACGGUCCGCCAGUGUCUCGGGCAUGUCUCGGGCACGGGCUCGGAGUUCGAUGUGCCGCGGGCGUGCGGCGCCUUACCAAAAAUUGCCGGCCAGGAGUAUGGUGUCCGAGCCUUGAAGGAGCUCGUCGCGACGCCACUUGUGGCCCGUGGAGGAGGGUUCUCCCUGACAGGGCUGGAGCAGAGUGCACCAUGCUGGUGCCUCGGUGCGGGCGUGUGCCCCCCACCUGCGGCAGCCAAGAGACUGGCUAGCAGGCUGAACGAGACUGCCUUCGUGCUCGAAGACCUGAUGUGCCUCGUCAUGCGCUUCGCCCACCGAGCUGCGCCAUUGUGGUGUCUCAGUUGCGCCGAGGCGCUUGCUGCGCAGCGCCCUGUAACGGCUGACACGUGCAAGGCCAUCAUGUUGUACCUCGCGCUUGUCUGGGGAGCUUUUGAGGGGUUCUGCCUGGAGGGCUUGCGUGGAGGUCACCCGGGGCUGGAAGAGACCGCCUGGGUCCCGUUGGCGGAGCACGCCGAGGCCGCCGAGAGGUUCAUGGCCUGGAGAGUCGAGAAGGCGCCGCCCGCGCGGGCGACGCCCGAGCAGGUGCAAAGGGUGAACGCGAUGGACGAAGAGAGGCCCUGGUUCCGCUUCGUCUGGAAGCGCUUCUGCGUCGAGCGCGCUUUCCGGGUGACGAACCCCGAAGGGCUGCCCUCGGACUUGGUUGAGGAGUUCCUGGAGCAGUACGAGGGCGGCUGGACAGACCCCCCUGUUCUGGCCACCGACAGGGAGGCGGCGGACCUCACGGCGCGCAUUGCCGGCGCGGCCGAGUGGGAAUGGAGGCAGUACUGCUACAAGCACACGUAUGGCGUCCGUGACCCGCGGUUCCUGCCGUCCGAGGUGGCGCAGCGAGCCAUCCGGGAGUUCCACCCCGGCUUCUCGAAGAUCUCCUCCACGGGGCCGAAGCCCGCGGGCGUGGCGACCAACCCGAGGGCGGCGCUCUUCGACAAGGUCAGCGAAGUGCUCCGACGCCCCCCCACCAAGGAGGAGCUCGCGUACGACCAGGUGCAGGACAAGGGCAAGUUCGUGGCGACCGUGCAGGUCACGGAGGCGGCCCGCGGUGGCAGCGGCACGGCCAGCUUCAGAGGCGAGGCCGCGAGAACUUCGGUCCUUGCCUGCCGGAGCGCGGCCCUGGCGGCGCUGCGGGCCUUCUUCCCGAAGGCGGUGGAGAUGUUCGAGGGCCUCGCCCCAGAGCGCACCAAGGAGGCGCACGAGUGGCGGAUGAAGAGCGUCCUCAACUACGGGAAGCCCGGGGAUCAAGCAGAGUUCGCCAGUGGCGAGAAGGUGGAGAAGCGCGCUGGCAAGGCCGGCGACGAUGCCAGCGAGGGCGACCAGGCCCUCGCCGAGCUGCGCCAGCUGUUCCAGGACGACACCACCAUCCGGUGGCAGUGGCUCGACUGGUGCCGCCAGAAGGACAUGUCCGGGACCACCCUCCAGGACCGGCACGCUGGCGCCGCGAGGGAGUUCCUGGACACCCGCAAGCUGCUGCCGCCGGUCCAGCUGGCGACGCCCCAGGAGGUGCUGAAGCUGAACUCGCUGAGGUUCAGGAAGGAGUUCGGCCCGGCCACGACGUGGCUGUGGGCGAAGUUCUGUUCCCUGAGCGCCUACGGGGACUGCAGCGGCAUGGAACCCAAAG